CCCGCCCCACAACCCUGAGGUGUUGGGUCCCGGUUGCUGGCAGUUAGUUAAGUUUUCCUGGUUCCACACCGCGGGUGUAGGGUCAGGUUCAAAGCCUUCGGAACGCGCUUUGGCACGAUUUGAGGAGGGGGGGCGGGGAAGGCCCUGCAGUUUGCGGCCCCGCCCCCUUCUCCAGCUCGUUCGUGGGCGAGACAGCCCGCCUCCUUCUCUAAUUUCGUCCUGGGGCCGCGUCCCCGGGGCUGCUCAGCAGCCAAGGCCUGAGUUUUUGCGUGCAGGUGUCGGCGGCGAGGCCACAGGGCACAGCCUGGUUCGACCCCAUGGUGGGGUUCGGGGCCAACCGGCGGGCGGGCCGCCUGCCCUCCCUCGUGCUAGUGAUGCUACUGGUUGUGAUCGCCGUCCUAGCCUUCAACUACUGGAGCAUCUCCUCCCGCCACGUCUUGCUUCAGGAGGAGGUAGCCGAGCUGCAGGGCCAGGUCCAGCGCACCGAGGUGGCCCGUGGGCGCCUGGAGAAGCGCAAUUCGGACCUCCUGCUCUUGGUGGACUCGCACAAGAAGCAGAUCGACCGGAAGGAGGCCGACUACGGUCGCCUGAGCAGCCGGCUGCAGGCCAGGGAGGGCCUGGGGAAGAGAUGCGAGGAUGACAAGGUUAAACUACAGAACAACAUAUCAUAUCAAAUGGCAGACAUACAUCAUUUAAAGGAACAACUUGCUGAGCUUCGUCAGGAGUUUCUUCGACAAGAAGACCAGCUUCAGGACUAUAGGAAGAACAAUACUUACCUUGUGAAGAGGUUAGAAUAUGAGAGUUUUCAGUGUGGACAACAGAUAAAGGAAUUAAGAACACAGCAUGAAGAAAAUAUUAAAAAGUUAGCAGACCAAUUUGUGCAGGAACAAAAGCAAGAGAUGCACAAGGUUCAAUCAAAUGAUGACAAGGAUUUGGGUAUAAAUGAUCAUGCAGUACCUAAAAAUAUUCCAAAAGUAGCUGAGAAUGCUGCAGAUAAGAAUGAAGAGCCUUCAAGCAAUCAUAUUCUACAUGGGAAAGAACACGUCAAACGAGGUGGUGAUGCAGGAAUGCCUGGGAUAGAAGAGAAUGACCUUGCAAAAGCUGAAGAUCUUCCCACUUCUUUAAAGAAGCCCCCUCUUUCAGUUUCUAAACAUGGAAGUCAUCAAGCAAUCUCUCAUCUUGCAACUGGACAACCUCUCUCCCCAAACAUGGCUCCAGAUUCACAAAUGAACCACAAUCGAAAUCCUGGUACUUCAAAACAGAUAUCUUCUAAUUCUCUUCAGCGUUUAAUUCCAGGCCCAAACUUGGAAAGUGAACCUAGAGUUCAAACAGAUAUGCUAAAGCAGGAUACCAAGGAUAGAGUUGGUGAUUUCCAUAAGUUGAAGCAAAGCCGAUUCUUUGAUGAGAAUGAAUCCCCUGUUGAUCCGCAACAUGGAUCUAAACUGGCGGAUUAUAAUGGGGAUGAUGGUAACGUAGGUGAGUAUGAGGCAGACAAGCAGGCUGAACUGGCUUACAAUGAGGAAGAAGAUGGUGAUGGUGGAGAGGAAGACGUCCAAGAUGAUGAAGAGCGAGAGCUUCAGAUGGAUCCUGCAGACUAUGGAAAGCAACGUUUCAAUGAUGUCCUUUAAGUCCUAAAGGAAAACUUCAGAAAACCUAAAGUGCUGUAAAAUGGAGUCCUUUCUACUUUGUUGUUUUUCAACUUUUGUUGUAAAGGUCAGUUGUAUCAGUUGUAAAGAUACAUUGAGAUAGAUGUAAGGAAAAACUUUAAUGAAGGAAUGCACCCAUGUACAUAUGUGAACUUUUUCAUAUUGUAUUAUUCAAGCAGAGACUUUUUUGAUUAUGAUAUACAUAAUGUGUUGAGCCACAAAAUAAGCAAAACUAAUCUUUGCAUUUAAAGCAAACUAAUGUAUAUUUUAAAUUUAGUUGAGCCUAAUUCUUUCCACAAAAGGGCAAACAGAAAAAGAUGGUUGUACAGUUUGUAUGUUGGAUAUAGCAUCACCACAAUGAGAUAAUUAUUCAGCUGAAAAACUUUUUAUACACUAAUAUAUUCUUGUUAGCCCAAUAGGUAUUCUAUUUACCCCUCAUCUCAUACUCUUCAAGGAGUUAUACCUAGAACAGUUACAUAAAGGAGGGGAGACUGGAAGUCAAACACAGCAUUUGUGCAAAGUCAUUUCCCUACUCCUUUUUGUUACAUGAACACUGAUGUGUUUUGGCAGGUAAUGGUUUAGCUGAGGCCUGAUGGAAGUUGAGAUAACCUGCAAAAACAUUACAGUAUUCAUGGGUUGUACCUUAUUCAGUUCAUGGAAUUAUGGAAUGCAUGAUUGAUGAUACAUUUUCAAUUUUUAUUUUUUUCACUUAAUACCACUACAUUUUGCCAGCACUGGCUAAAAUUUUUUUAUUUUCAGAGUUUAAGUUGGUGAAUUCAUGAUUUAAAUGCCAGGUCCUGAAAGGGACUAAAUCAGUUUUGAAAUGAAUCUGUAAUUAGUGUUUCAAAGCUUCUCUGGUAGUUUUAGUGAUAUUAUUUGACUAGAAUUUUUCAGAAAUACUAAGUAAGGAAUUUUAACAGAUGUUUUUAUUAAGCACAGAUAAACAGAAGUGCGUGAGAUCCACAGCCAUUUUAUUAAAAUAGCUUAAAAAGUUUGUUGUAAAGGCAAAGAAUCUUUGUAAUUACUUAAUAUGUUAGUUAAGAACCCAUCAAUCUCAUAUUUGCUAGACCUGCAAAAUUAUCUUAAAUGCAUUUGUCUUUUUUGACACUAUUUAGUAGAAUGUGUAAGCUAGCUAAUUCUUGUUUUCUGAUUUAAAGUACUUUUUGAACUUAUCCCCUCUACCCAAAAAUAAAAGAUUUUGAUCACAAGGGACAAUUUAAGGUUGUUUUUCAGAAGAGCUACUGUUAAUUGCACAUAGAUAUGAAAUGCUUUUCUUUUUCUUUAUUCAGGCUCCUAUCAAAAUUAAAAUUUACAGAGAAAAAUAGGUUGUUCCCUUGUUAGAGAUGCAAAAAUUCUUAGACUUCAGUUUGAACUUAUUUUGUAACCAGGAGAAGAUUCAAUAAUUUAAUAAAAAUUUUUUUCCCAUCACAUCAAAGUAAGCAAUUCAUGCCUUUGUUAUCAGUAGGAUCAAGCCUACAAUGAAUAGUUGGUUCACAGAACUUUUUAAAUGGAGUUAAAGGGAAUUGAUGUACAUCUUUUGGGUGUUAGGAAGAGGGAGAUGAAUCUAAAAAAUACUCCUAGUAAUAUUUUAUACUUAAUACUAUACAAAUCUUUACAAAUGGAAACCAUAAAAUUACUUGCUUAGUUCAUCAUAAAAACGAUCACUUGGUUGUAUGGUAACUAUUACUUACACUGAAAAAUUUCUUCAGUUAGCAACCUAUACAUUUUAUAAACUGAGAACCUUGGACCAAUUGAUAAAAUUUCUGACUGUAUUAACAUUGUAGUGCUAUAAAACACUCUUAACAAUCUCUCAAAAUUCUGACAGUUUACAGUCUGUAUUAGACAUUCUGGUUUUUUAUGUUUUACUUCUGCCUUAAAGUUUAGGUUUUUAAAUGUAUCUUGCCCUGAAUUAAGUGUUAAUUUGAUGGAAACUCUGCUUUUAAAAUCAUCCCUUACUGGGUUCUAAUAAAUUAAAAAUUAAACUUGU